ACAUGUAUUUUUAGAAUAUACAAACUUACAACGAAAGGAGUCGUGGACGUGCUUCAGUUCUUUGUUCCGCGGAAAUCCGAUCUCUUCCAGCAUGAUUUAUAUCCAGACACACGCUCUACUGUCCCCGCACUCACUGCCGAAGAAUUCAUGGAAGGUGUGUUGAACUAUGGGUUUUAUCUACUUUCUUUUACUUUUCAGGAAAGAGCGCUAUGCCGAAUUUACAACCCGUAA